CAGCAGCAGCAGCAGCAGCAGCAGCAAAGGGCACAAUGGCGCUGCUCCCGGCGAGGAACCAGCUGCUGCCGCCGCCCCCGAGCCGCAGGGGGCGCCCCACCAAGGGCCGAGCAGGAGCCCAGGCUGCAGUCAGUAGCCGCCUCCGACAAAUUCAGAGCAUUCUGACCCAGAGCAGCAAAUCCCAGCCAGAUGGAAUACUAUGCAUUUUGGGAAUUGAUAGCCGAUACAACGAAGGCUGCCGGGAGCUGGCAAACUAUCUUCUCUUUGGCUUAUAUAACCAGAACAACAAUGAAUUCGAGCGAUCAGGGUUUCCUGAAGAAGUCCUUGAUGAUGUGAUUCUACUAAUUAAACCAGACAGUGUCCAUCUGUAUUGCAACCCUGUCAACUACAACUAUCUUUUGCCAUAUGUAGCAUUUUGGAGAAACUUGCAUUUCCAUUGCCUGACAGAAAAUGAGUAUGAAGAUGAAGAGGCUGCCGAGGAAUUCAAGAUUUCCAGCUUUGUAGACAUGGUUCGUGAUUGCAGUCGAAUCGGCAUUCCCUUUAGCUCACAAGGUCAUCUUCAGAUCUUUGACAUGUUUGUUGUUGAGAAGUGGCCAAUAGUGCAGGCCUUUGCCCUGGAAGGAAUCGGCGGAGACGGCUUCUUUACAAUGAAAUAUGAGUUAAUGGAUGUCAGUGUGGAUCUGUGGAAAACUUACAGCAAGAUGGAUCCUGUUUCCUUGGAAAGUUUGCUUUAUGAGGAUUUGAUGACUUUUGAACAUCAGUGGACUAACUUCUUUGCCAAUUUUGAUGCAGAAAUUCCUUUCAUCCUGGAACUGUCAGAGUCUCAAGCUGGGGAGCCAUUCCGAAGUUACUUCAGUCAUGGAAUGAUCUCAAGCCAUAUAACAGAUAACAGCCCUAGCAGACAACCAUUUGUCCUGUUCGGCACCCAUGCGUCCAAGGAGAAUCUGAACUCUGCCAACUUCAAUUUCCCUUCUGAGGGGCAUCUGCUUCGCAACACGGGCCUUGGUGGGAGCACUGCCAGGCACAUGGUAGUGCAGUGUGUCUCUCCAAAAGGGCCUCUGGCUUGCUCAAGGACAUAUUUCUUUGGAGCAACUCACACUCCUUACCUUGGCAAUGAUAAUGAGGUGGAAAAGAAAGCUGAACAAGUUAAGCUUCUGUCUCAAAUCUACGCUGCUGUUGUAGAAGCUGUCCUGGCUGGUAUAGACUCCUAUUCAAAAACCUCCAAUACCAGUAAGGCAAGGGAAGUAGCAGAGCAAAAGUUCCUGAGUAUGCUUGAUGACUUUGAACUUACAUACUUUAAAGUUCCAUUGCGCUCCAGAACAGAUUUUCGGAUUCAAGCUGUGAACAACCAUGGAAGAAUUGUCCCCCUGGAUAACGAGGAUAGUCUCUAUUUAGUGAAAACUGUUUCCAUGACUAUAUAUGACAUUCCAGAUUUACUGGGUGGAAGGGGCUGCCUGGGAUCGGUUGUCUUCUCAGAAUCCUUCCUGGUGUCACAGAUCCUUGUGAAGGAAAAAGAUGGCAGCAUCAACACAGAAACCAGCUACAUCAUCCUCACCGCAGCAAUCCCAAGAUCAGUUUCCUGGCUGGUUGAAGAUAAUGAAGUGAAACUAUCAGAGAAAGCCCAGCAGAUCCUCAAGCAAGAAGAAUCUUUCCUGGGUGUUUUCCUGAUGGGAGGUGAUGGUGCCUAUAUUGCUUCUAGCAACUCCCUCUGUCGACCAGAGGAAGGCAAGCUCUAUUUCUUUUCUGAGGGCCUUCUGUUCUGCCAUCCCCACUACGGAAGCAUCACCAUCUCCAAGACGCACAUGACAUCCAUCAGGUUCUACGAUGGAGAUUCCACCAGUGUUGUAGCCACUCUCCUUAUAGAUUACAAAAGCUCCCUGCUUGCUCAUUUGCCUGUCCAGUUCCAUACUCCAAGCAACUCGCUGCUGAUCGCACUUUUCCCAAAGUCAAAGCUUUAUAAAGCUUUUUACGCAGAGGUUUUCUCUGUCUGGCAGCAACGAGGGAAUUCAGGAAUAACUUUAAAAAUGACCCAAGAUGAUUGCCUGCCUGCAGAACAAGAAAGAUUGCAUUCCAGCAUGCAGAAACUGUUCACUGUCUUGACCUGUCCUCCUGGAGAAAGAUGGAACCAGCUAAGAAUAUCCACAAGCCUUCCAGAUCUGGACAGAUUUCUGCAGCACUUUAUGGUCAGCAGUGUUAGCCGUGAGCCAGUGCUAAGAACUCAUCUUCCAGUGUUGCUGCAGCAAUCCAAAGCUAUUCCUGAUAACGAUGCAGAGAAUGAUAAGGUGGUAAUCACCAUCUUGACAGGUCUUCCAGGAUGUCACUCAGGUGAUUUAGCGUCUUACCUGGUCACUUUUAACAAAGAAUAUGGAAGGUGGCUUGUUUACCGCCAAACCAUGGACAGCCCUGAAUGUUUCAGUGCAACCCACUUCCAGAAGUACCUGGCAAGUGUGCUUGAAUCUCAGCACAACCGCAGUGCCCGCCUCUCGUCUUACAAUAGGAAAAAAAUGAGGCUGCUGCUGGUUCUACAAGGAUACACAGAUGUGAUUGACAUUGUGCAGGCUCUCCAGACUCACCCCGAUACUGACGUGAAGGCUUCUUUUGUCAUCGGAGCCGUCACAACUUGCAUAGAGCCACUUAGUUGCUACAUGGAGCACAGGUUUCUCUUCCCCAAGUUCCUGGACCAGUGUUCACAAGGUCUGGUGAGCAACAUUGUCUUCACAAGCCAUACCUCCGAACAGAGGAACCCUCUUCUUGUUCAGCUCCAGAACCUCAUCCGAGCUGCAAACCCUGCUGUUUCGUUCAUCCUAGCUGAAAAUGGGGUUGUGACAAGGAACGAAGACAUUGAACUUAUUCUCUCUGAAAACAGUUUUUCGAACCCACAGAUGCUGACAACUCGCUACUUAACAUUUCCUGGCUGGUAUGAUGGCAAAUUUCGGGCAGGUUCAGUCUUUCCUCCAAUGGUUCAGAUCUGUGUGUGGUUUAACCGCCCUUUGGAGAAAACACGAUUUGUGGCCAAAUGUAAAGCACUGAAGUCCUCCAAUAAGACGAGUCCUUUCUCUGGAAACAUAUACCACAUUUUGGGCAAAGUAAAGUUUUCAGCAGAUUCGGAUCGGAUGAUAGAGGUGUGCCACAACACAUCUUCAAACUCCUUAAGUCUGGUGCCUGUUCAGGAAGGGCUGACCCCGUCUCCUCCUGAUUCAAGAAAUGACAGCCGAGACCACAGCGGACCUCAGGAGUGCUUCCUGGUAUUUGUCGGCUGUUCUCUGAAAGAAGAUGAAAUAAAAGAUUGGUUGAGGCAAACAGCAAAGCAGAAACCACAGAGGAAAGCUCUGAAAACUCGGGGCAUGCUGACCUCACAGGAGAUUAAGAAUAUUCACGUAAAACGCCACUUAGAUCCUCUUCCAGCUGGCUACUUCUAUAAUGGGACACAGUUUGUGAAUUUCUUUGGAGAUAAGUUGGAUUAUCAUCCAUUAAUGGACCAGUUCAUGAAUGACUACUUGGAGGAAGCAAACCGCGAGAUUGAAAAGUACAACAGAGAGCUGGAGGAACAGGAGUACCAUGACCUCUUUGAACAGAAAACCUAAGCAAAGCACCUGUCAGUGGUAUUAAAAAGGCACAGAACCGUUAAAUUCUGAACUGUUAAUAACUAAGAAACACUUUUCAUCUUUGCUGGCUAAGAGAGAAACGUAAAAGUGGAAAAAUCCAUUUUCAACUGGUAUUUUAAUAUUUACGCACAUAAGAAGGUUUGCAUCUUUAAAAGAAAAAAAAUCCAACUAUCUCGGCAGCAUUUAAGUGUCAUUGUGUUUUCAUGUAAGCUGAGUUCUAUAAUUUUAGACUUAUAAGUAGAAAUAUGAAGUUGGAUUUUAUAUUUCAGUCAUUUAUAGAGCUGUAUCUCCUAGACUGAGAAGCUGGCCUUGAGUGAGUUUCUUCUGAUGUCCCACAACUGACCUUGUUUGUGUUCUGAUGUAAUGAGAAAUAUAUUCAUGGUUGUUGUGCACUUGUGUGUCCAAGAAAUGAGGGAACACACAUCCUUUUGAAAAUCAUUCUUUCCUAACAUGUUAGUUCAUGGUGGUGCUCUAUAAGCAGAACCACUUAAGAACUAUUUUUAGCCAGCAUGGUGGCUUUGAAGGCAUUCCCAAUGCGAGAAAUG